UAAUUCUAUCUGCGCCAUCUAGUGUCGAAUGUGAGAAACAUUCACCUUGGAACAGCUGUAAACCUAUAGUUAGAAGAUAAGUUAGAGUAAUUCGUUUUCGUAUUAUAAGUUAGUAAUAAGCUAAUGUGUUGAAAUGAGAGCCGCAUUGCUAACUAUAGGCAGUCUGGUAUUGACAAUCACGGUUAUCGGAAAUGCAUACUAUCAAAAAAAUCAGUUCUAUCCAUCAGUUGUUUAUAUCACCAAAUCCAACCCUAGUAUGGCAGUGAUAUAUCUUCAAGCUUUUGUAUUGGUUUUACUGAUGGGAAAACUAAUGAGGAAAGUGUUUUUUGGUCAGUUGAGAGCUGCGGAAAUGGAGCAUCUUAUAGAAAGAUCAUGGUAUGCAGUUACUGAAACAUGUUUAGCUUUUACUGUGUUCCGAGACGAUUUCAGUCCGAAAUUUGUAGCAUUGUUUACUCUGCUACUAUUUUUAAAAUGUUUUCAUUGGUUGGCCGAAGAUCGAGUUGAUUAUAUGGAACGAAGUCCAGUAAUAUCUUGGCUUUUUCAUAUUAGAGUGAUUUGUAAGUACAUUUGUUAUUUUAUUAUUAUUAUUGUGUGAUUUAAAUGUAAUGACUGGUUGAUAUUGAUGUCAAGUUAGAUCAAAGUCAAUGUUAUGUUGGACUGAAGUCAAUUCAAAACUACUACCAUCAACUGUUUUAUGAAGUUUAUGUAUUAUUGGUGUUUGUGAUUAUAACACAUGUAUACUGUGUGAUAUAUUUAAUAUUGCUGUUUUUUGUUAUGAAAAUGUGAUUAACAUUAAUGUUUCUAGAUUUUUAUAUAGUAUAUGUAGUAUGUUAUUUGCAGAGAACUACAGAUAAAAUGAAUAA